AUGGCGCCUGACGUGGCAGCGCCAGCACCCGCAGUUCAGAGUCGGCCGGCCGAGCACAAGCCAGGAUGGGUGGAAGAGUAUGCGGCAAGCAAGUUUGGAGUCCAGCUACUGUCGUACGCGCGGCUUCCGGCUUGGCUCCGUGACAACGAGUACAUCCGAUCUGGCUAUCGGCCUCCGCUCAAGUCGUUUGUCAAGUGCUUCGAGUCGCUCCUCUACGUCCACAACGAGACGUGCAACGUGUACACCCACCUGGUUGGGCUUGUCAUCUUUGCUGCGCUACUCGUCUACGGCAUCGCCUCGGGUUGGAUCACCGACGGCUCGUUCUUGCAGGGUCUCAGCUUAGUGGUCUUCUUCACCGGCACUCUCGCGAUGCUCCUCUUCUCCACCCUCUUCCACCUCGUCUUCUGCCACUCGCCGUCGGCGCACUCGCUCUUCUCGCGGCUCGACUACACCGGCAUUGCUCUGAUGAUUGCCGGCUCGUUCUUCCCCUCCAUCUACCAUGUUUUCUUCUGUCGCCCGGGCCUGCAGAUCAUGUACAUGUCUAUGAUCUGCGUCUUUGGCGCGGGCUGUGUCGUUGUCUCGCUGAUGGAGAAGUUUGCUACACCCGAGUGGCGCAUGGUCCGCAUGCUCCUCUUUCUCUCCAUGGGCUGCUCUGGCCUCCUCCCCGCCAUCCACACUGCGUUUAUCUACGACUGGGACCACAUCUACGACGCUUUCGCCGUCGGAUCGCACGCCCUCAUGGGCCUGCUCUACGUCGGCGGUGCGCUUGUCUACGGCCUACGCCUCCCGGAGCGUCUCCGCCCCGGAUGGUUCGAUAUCUUUGGCCACUCUCACCAGUUCUUCCACGUCUGCGUUGUCAUUGCCGCCGUCUCUCACUACCGCGCCAUCGUCUCCAUGAAGGCCUGGCGCAUGUCCCAUCCCUGCCUUGUCCAAUGAACUCCCUCCCC